AUGUCAGAAGACCAAAAGAAUCAAUUAACAAGUAUACUGGAGUGUAGAAAAUGUAAAAACAACUUUGAUGAUUUGACAUCCGAUCGGGCUCCUCGAAAACUGACAACCUGUGGACACACAAUUUGUGGGAAAUGUGCAAGCGAACUUCUGAAGGGGUCAGUAAUCACUUGUCCAUUUGACAAUCAACUGACGAAAUUGAGUGAUGGAAAUAUAAACAGUUUGUUGAAGAAUUUUGCUUUGAUCGAGGUUAUUAAAGAGCUGAAAAGAAUAGAUGCAAGUAGGCCAACCAAGAAACAUGUUCAAUUUGAGGAUAUAAUCGACGACGAUUUAAACACUGAGAAUCGGUGCUUCGAAAACUCAAGUCAUGAGGCAGUUGCCAGUGGCAAGGUACCCCCAUAA